CAUAAUGAUUGCCUAUCUGCAAUUUCAUAGGCAGACGAUGUAGGUUGUAUUCUAAUAUUCGUUCUUACUGCAACUAUUUUGACAACGAAGAUUCAAUAAUGAAUGUGUUAUAAGAUAACUGACGACUGUCACUGGUAAUAAGGUCACAUGUUGAAUCGGGGAUAAGGGGCACAACUAUUUUAAUCUGAACUGGUGACUGCAAAAUGGAAUACACGACAAAGCUCACGUUAAUCGGAUUAUAUUUUUCGUUGACAAUUUUAGAAUAUGUUCAUGGUGAAAUAGUCGGAGCGUUUGUACUUCCUCAUGGCGGCAUAGCGUUGGACCCACGAAACUUUAACACCACGAAUAAAACAGAAAUACAGCAGGCCAACAAGCUUCAUGAAGCCUGCUUGAAAGUAGGUCACGACAUAAGAAGUUUAAAUCCGGAAGUUAUUUUUCUGAGCACGCCACAUGGGAUUGCCGAUUACAAAAACUUUUUAAUGUACAGUAACAGCGUGGGGUCAGGUUUCGGUGACGUAGACGACUGCUUACAGAAGCCAUGCCAAUACAACCUCACAAUAAACUUAGAUUCAAAUAUCGCCGAAAGGUUCUUUGCAGCACAGGGUUACUCGAAUAACGUUAGCCUGCUUUCAGCGUUCGGGCCAGAAGGAAGCAACAAUUCGGUCCCAUUAAGAUGGGGUGAGGUGAUACCGCUGUUGUUGGUGAAUAUGACAGCUACAGUGAAAGUAGUCAUUUUGUCACAGCCAACACGACGGUACACGGAAACAUUGGACAUGACAACCGAACUCACAAAUCUUGGUCGACAUCUGGGCAUGUUCCUGCACGGACUUACGGAACGCGUUGCCGUAGUGAUAAGCGCGGACCUCGCCCACACACACAAGGCAGACGGACCUUACGGCUACUCAAACGCAUCAGAGCCAUUUGAUAAGCUCAUGGGCGACUGGGCGUCUACCAUGAGUUCAGUGUUUAUCGACAUGGCCGCCCAGUACGUGGAUCGCGCUCUGUCAUGCGGCUAUACGGGACUCAAGAUGCUGGAUGGCAUGUUCACGCUGGGCACGCCACGCCUUCGCCCCCUGCUGUACGCAAACCUUCACCCCAGCUAUUACGGCAUGAUGGCCGCGUCAUUCCUGCCAGACGUGUGAAUGACCGAUUGAACGCGGCCGGCAACUGAUCACAUGGCGGUCAAUCAAGGCUCAUGCUCACAAAAGACAUAUUCAGUCAUCCAAAACCGUGGAAAGUUAUUGUUAGAAUACAUGUGCAUCAAAUGUCGUUGUGAUGCAGUCUUUAGAAGUCAAAUACGAUUAUUGUCUUGAAAUAUUCCGUUAGUAAAAGUUAUGAAUUA